AUGGUUUUUAACAUUGGUGAACGAGAGCUGGCUGGAUACUUCCCUAGUGCCAUGGAGUUCCUAUCAUGUGCUGUCGAAGAAGGGAUGGAAGCACAAAUAAAGGACACACUUGGAUUCCCUGCUGGAGAUUUACCUAUGAAGCAGGGCAAAGCUAAAAAAUUAUUUUUGGGUGGGAACUAA